UGGCUUUGCGCGCACCUACAAAGAGCGGAGCUCGCUACCUGUUCCUAGUUGCAGGUGACUAUUAGCAGUACGUGAAGAUGUCGGCAUCUCCCACACCCGGAGGCGAGUUACCGAGCGGUUUCGGUGUGUGUACCACCGUGCCGGACGUCUUGUUUCUUCCAGAGCUUAUUUUUGGUGGCCUCGUCUGGAUCCUGGUGGCCUCCACAAAGGUGUUUUACGCCAACCCUCAAGGAUGGGUCAUGUUUGUGUCCGUCUUCUGCUUUGUCUUCACGUUCAUUUGGUUCUUCCUCUUCAUCCUGGGUGCAAACCAGAGCUCAUUUUGGCCUGGAUUGGAUGUGCUGUACCACGGGACGGCAGCUUUGUUCUACCUUAGUGCAUCUGUGGCUCAAGCAUACGCCACAAUUCUGAUUAAUCCGGCGACCAACUCCACCACCAACCCCUACACGGGGCCGGGCUUCAAGGAGUACCAAGAGGACAUCGCCGCAGUGGUCUUCUCCUACAUCGCCACACUCCUGUAUGUGAUUCACGUCGUGUUCUCCGCCAUCCGAUGGAAAAAGACUUAAGCAUCAAGAACUCUUAAAAUGGCGCUUGUGUAAAUUUUUUUUCUACCCCCCCCCCCCCAGAUUCUGGAAUGUGCUACUGGCGUAUUCAAGGUGUGUGGGGUGUUGUGGUUUGGACCCCCAUUUCUCCCCAAAUUUCAUCCCUGAUUUGGGUUGUGUAAUUCUGUUGUGUGCAGACUUCCUAUUGCGGUUUUUGUAUCUUCAUGUUUUAAUAGAAAUUUAGACUUUUAAUAAAGGUAGCUUUUGUACUACAA